AAUUAGAGCCACUGAUCCGCUUCUGGAUUCGGUGCAACAGGCCGUCAAGGCAAAAUACUCGCAGAGGACGUCCUCGUUUGGCAUGAGACUUGUCAAGGUCUUCCUCCCCACAUUGCUCGGCUUGACAGCGUACGUGGGCUACAACUCCUACAAUUCGAGACCGGCGUUCAUCCCGCUGCUGUACGCCAAAUCUUUGCCUCUGAGCCGGUCCAAGGAGUCCAAAGGCAUUGAUCUCGACAAGUUAAAGGCAAACACCAAGGAAAUCCUCCUCUCCAAACUAUCCAUGAACCAUACAAUAAAAAACACGCUGGGGCUUCCGCUGCAAUUGGGCGAGUUUCUGAGCUUCAAUGUCAAGAUUGAGUACAGAAACGUGUUUUUCGAAGGUCUCGAAAUCGACUGCACCAAAAGAUGGUUCCCCCCGGAGUUCAGAUGGAGCCACCGCGAGUUUGCACCAAAACUGAAGGACGACCUUAAUGGCUUGCUCGAGCCCAUGACUUCGGACGGGUCCUUAACGCUGGAUUCGGUCGAAAACCGUUACGGCAACAAGAGAGAUUACAACCUUAUAGUUGGCGGAUCUAUAGAGGCGUACUCUACGUUCGACCUGGUGUCGGAUGCGGUUGAUCCCGGAACUGCGAAGAUCACAUUCACGGGAACGAUACACUAUGACCAUAUCAAAUCUCUGAAAACAGACACCAUCGUCCUAUCAUACAGAUCAAACGGCCAGACAGUGGUGCACCAGCUGCUAUGAGAUCGGGCUGUGCAAAAAUAUUUUUCCCAAGAAUGCCUCCCAACGUGUUUGUCAAGAACGGUCUGCGGCAUGUUGCGCCGUACAUGAGACGCAUCACUGCCGUUGCUAGGCCGCGCUGGGUGGGGAAGCCGUUUCUGGAGGUUCUGGCGACCGACUUCCGCAGCAGAGACAUCAGCAGGUUCAGCGAGCUGAUCGAUUCUGGAGACAUGUAUAUCUGGCGACGCACGUCAGCAGGCGUCGAGACCGUUCGCGGAGCACGGCUGCGGACGGAAAAACUGCAGCACGGAGACAGAAUUAGCAACAGUAUGCAUCAGCAUGAGAAGCCCGUCGUUGCGACUCCGAUAGAUGUCGUUUACGAGGGCUGCGAGAUGCUGGUGGUGAACAAGCCGGCAGGAAUCCCUGUGCAUUCUACAUCGGGCUACCUUCAGAACACUGUGCUGGAGAUUUUGAAACGCGAACAUUGUCAGAGGCAGCUCCAUCUGUUGUAUCGUCUGGACAAGGCUGUUUCUGGGGUGUUAAUCCUGGCCAAAAAUCAAAGCAAGUUCAAGCAGCUCCGGAACGAAAUCGACGACAAAAAAAGAGUGCACAAAGAGUACAUAGCGCGCGUCCGUGGCCACUUUCCGAGCUCUGUAGCAUGUCAAGACAAUGUGGUGGACAUUGACCCUUUGAAAAGGUAUCAAUACGGUGGCGUCGGCGCGUCCAAGAGGGCCUCCACUAAUUUCUCGCUACUCGAAUAUAAUUCGGAGCUGGACGAAAGCACGGUGAAAUGCGUGCUUCAAACAGGACGAAAACACCAGAUCCGAAUACAUCUGCGAAACCUGGGACAUCCGAUCGUGAAUGAUCCUCUUUAUGGGCCUUCCGGGAUUUUGAGCGAGCCCAUGACCUCGCGGCCGUCCAGCAAAGAGUUUUCUCUACUUCAAGAAAAAGCAGAACAGUUGCGGAGUGCCAUACUACUUCCCGGAAAGUGUGAGGUGUGUGGGUUCCCCAACCACGUCGACCCGACUCCUGAAGAGCUCGUAAUAUACUUGCAUGCCCGCAAAUACGAGGUGCAAGGCUCCUGGAGCUACACUGCUCCGGACCCUGCCUGGGCCAAAUUUCUAUAGUGUACAUAAAUCGACGCGUCGCGCAAUCGAAAAAUAUUC